ACAAAAAUCACAAAAAUAUAUUUCAAUUAAUCCCCUUGCAUGCUCAUGGCUUCUCUGUUCACUCACUUUGCUUUCUUCACUCUCAUAGCAAACUUGUGCUAUGGUUUCCACCCUAGACUUCUAAACGUAUCCAAACUUCAGAAUUCUGGAUCGGACUGGUCUCCAGCCCGAGCCAGUUGGUACGGAAACCCUUCCGGUGCAGGCAGUGACGGGGGUGCAUGUGGAUAUCAAAAUGCUGUUGAAGAAGCACCUUAUUCUUCUCGAAUAACAGCUGCUGCUUCUUCUCUCUACAAAUCAGGCGAAGCUUGUGGAACUUGUUAUCAGGUGAAAUGUACGACAACGGCGGCUUGCUCGGGUAAGGCGGUGACGGUGGUAAUAACUGAUGAGUGCCCUGGCUGUGACUCACAGUCAAUUCUAUUCGAUUUAAGUGGGACCUCAUUUGGAACCAUGGCUAGACCAGGCGAAGCUGAUCAACUUAGAAAUGUUGGAAUCGAGCAAAUUCAAUAUAAAAGGGUGGAGUGCAACUUCCCGGGAGUAACCGUGGCGUUCCGGGUCGACCCGGGUUCGAACCCGAACUACUUCGCGGCCGCCAUCGAGUACGAGGACGGGGACGGGAUCACCGGAGUGGAGCUGAGACGGGCGGCGGAGUCGGGCGGCGCGUGGAUCAAAAUGCAGCCGUCGUGGGGGGCUGUUUGGAAAGCGGAUUUGCCGAACAACUACCCGCCGCCCUUCUCCUUCCGGCUAACCGGCGGCGGGGAUUCCGGCAAGACGAUUGUCGCCAACAACGUUAUUCCCGCCAAUUACUCGCCCGGGAAAACUUACAGAUCAGUUGUCAACUUUUGAGAAUUAAUAUAAAUAAUAUAUAUAUAUAAAGUAGAGGAAAUGAAAUGACACAUUAAGAAGAAAAAGUUAGUAGUUAAUUUGGAAGUUUAUGCAAAGUGUAUGUAUCACUUUGUCGAGCAGAUGGAUCUUUUAUGGGAUCUUGUCUAGCGUUUUUAUUUUAUAUAUAGUUAUGUUUUUAAUAAAAAUAAGUUGUAAUAUAUAUUUAUACAUAUAUAAAUAUAUAUGAUCGAUGCUGUUUUGUUUUUUUA